AAGGGAAAUAAUUAGCACACCUUAAAACAUUAAUCAAUUUCAAUCUUAUUCCUCUCAAGCACUUGUUCAUUGCUGUUUAUCUGAUAACGAACAUCAGCUGACAUUCACAUUUAAAAUUUUUAAAUUCAGAUGUCUCAAUAAUAUUUACACUGCUUUAGAUACUGAAGAAUGCUAUUGUACAGAACAAAUAGACCCAUGUUUAUAUAAAUUCAUUUGUACAAUUACGUGUAUUUCCUGUGAACUUAGAUUAACAGCAGAAUUCCUCUGCUCAAAAGACUGCAGCAUGUGCAAAAUGGCUCUGCUUUCUAAUUAAUCUUGGACAAAUUUACAAAGUAGUUCUCAGCAUCUAGCAGAAGGAAUAUUUGUUUGGAGUAUAAUAUAAAAGAAAACAAGAAAUAUAUCCAUAUUUUGAAGGGAGAGAAGGAAAAAUAUGGAAAAUGAAUUCUGUGGCAACAAUGUUCAGAAUAAAACAGAACCUGAAAUGAGUGAUUUUCAUGAUGAAAUACUGCAAAAAAUAAGAAAGACAUCAUACAAAACAUCUCAUAAAAGUGUCUUAUCUAUUCACAAAUGUAUUCGUGUGGGCGAAAGAACAUAUCAUUGUAAUAUCUGUGGUAAAUCAUGCUCUACAAGUAGUAACUUGACUACUCACAAACGUAUUCAUACAGGAGAGAAGCCAUAUUGCUGUGAUAUUUGUGGUGAAUCGUUUUCUCAAGGAAGUAACUUAAUUAAACAUAAACGUAUACAUACAGGAGAAAAACCAUUCCACUGUGAUAUCUGUGGCAGAUCAUUUUCUGAUACAGGCAACUUAACUGUACACAAGCGCAUUCAUACAGGAGAAAGACCGUAUCACUGUGAUAUCUGUGGUAAAUCUUUUUCUGCAAGUAGUGAUUUAACGAAGCACAAACGCUUUCAUACAGGAGAAAAGCCAUAUCGCUGUGAUAUUUGUGGUAAAUCAUUCUCUGGAAGUAGUGAAUUAAUUAGACACAAACGCAUUCAUACAGGAGAGAAACCAUACCAGUGUGAUAUGUGUGGUAAAUCAUUUUCUCAGACAGGUAGCUUAACUACUCACAAACAUAUUCACAUGGAAGGGAAGCUGUAUCACUGUGAUAUCUGUGGUAAAACGUUCUCUUUAAGUAAUAAGUUAAGAAACCAUUUACUUAUCCAUGCAGGAGAAGACCCCUUUUGCUGUGAUGUCUGUGGUAAAUCAUUCUUUUUCAGAAAUCAAUUCACCACUCACAGACAUAUGCAUAGAGGAGAGAAACUAUAUCAGUGUGAUAUUUGUGUUAAAUCUUUCUCUGUAAUUGCCCACUUAACUUCUCACAAACGUGUUCAUACAGGAGAGAAGCCAUAUCAGUGUGUUAUCUGUGGUAAAUCAUUCUCUCUAAGUGGUGACUUAAGUAAGCACAAACGUACUCACACAGGAGAGAAGCCAUAUCACUGUGAUAUAUGUGGAAAACAAUUUGCUGUCACUAGUCACUUAACUACUCACAAACGCAUUCACACAGGUGAGAAGCCAUAUCAUUGUGACAUCUGUGAUAAAUCUUUCUCACGAAAUCAUCAUUUGUCUGCACACAAAAACAUUCAUUCAAGAGAAAAACUAUAUCACUGAUAUCUAUGGCAAAUGAUUGUCUUAAAAGGUUGAGAUUUAACUAUACACAAACACAUUCAUAUAUAAUUCAUAUCACUGGUAUUAGUGUUAAAAUCAUUCUUUCAGUGACAUAUUAACUACUCAUAAGUACAUUUAUACAAAAAAGGAAGCAUACUACUGUGGUAAAUGAUACUCUAUUUGGAAUCACUUUACUACAUGUGUUUGUAUUCGUUCAAACUAUUUAAACAAUAAAUUAGAGCAACAAAGGUAGUAUUAAUAUAGCCUCUGAUGUGCAUAAAAGCACAUCUUAGCUAUUGCCAGCAGAAGACAAUCACUGCUACUUCUGCUGUUCAGACUAUGAUUGAAAAGGUGAUAUGAGGCCGAAACAACCUGAUUUGGUAGUCCAAGCAGCUGAAGUAGUGGUGAUUGUCUACUGCUGGCAAUAGGUAUGACGUGCUUUCAUGCACCAAAUAACCAUAGAGUUUUUUCUCUUGGUAUACAUAGCAGUCUUUGUUCUAAUGCAAUUAAGUGAUGAAUAUUUUAAUUAUUUAAAGAAUUUGUGUGUUACUAUAAAUACUUGUAUACUGGAAGGAAAAAAUAACUGAUAAUUUCCCCACAAUUCAUUUAACUAUAGUGAUAUCAACUUUGAAGAGAUAACCGAACAUUAUUAUGUUUUUAAUAAAAAGAUUCUUUCUAAAUACUUGUGUACAUAUUUUUUUGAAUGAA